CACAGGUUGAGUGUCAUGUGUGGACAGGUUUCUUCAUGAAAGAGGAAGAGGUUUAAACACAGAGACAUGAUAGCAGCAGACCUGAUCACACAGAUAGAAUCUUUGGACCAGGUUUCUGCCUCUUCGUGCAGCUGUGGGAGAAUCUGACCAUGUGGACUGAAGGUAAAUUGGGAGUGAUGGGAGCAACCUGGAUCUCAUGGAGAACAACUGUAACUGUCAUCAUCACUGUACUGCAAACCCAAGCUGUGAUCAGUGCCAAACCCACAGCUGUGACCGGUGUGGAGGGUCAGACGGUGUACUUCAGAUGUGAAUAUCCAAAACGCUGGCAGAGUAAUGCUAAGUACCUCUGCUGUGUUGACCUCAGCGAUAAACACCUGAUAUGGACAAACAAACACAACCAGUGGGAGACAAAUGGACGUUUCUCUCUGUACGACAACACCACUGGAGCCUUCUUCAUCAUCAAGGUGACCAAACUCGUCCCAGAGGACCGCGGGACAUACUGGUGUGGGGUGGACAUCAGCUCACUCCCUGAUCAUAUCGGUGUCAUACAACUGAAUGUGUCUCGAGAGCUCAACAUGCCGCUGUUCCUGACUGCAGUGAUGUGUGUGGCAGCGAUGGUGUUUGUGUGUCUGUUUACACUUUGUCUUCUGCGGGCUGUUAAACACCAAAGAUCAGGCCCACGCCAGGAUAGGGAGACAUCAUGUGACUAUGAGACAAUAAUGACUGGUGUGGGAACUGGGCCAGAACUCCACUGCACCUCUUCGGCUCCAGACGGUGCUGAUCUUUCAGCUGUACCAAUGCCACCCCCUGAUCUCUGCACCCACUUCACAUCAAAGCAGCAGGAGUCCGCUGUCAAUCUCGGCCCCGGUGAAUAUGUUGAUGUGGAUGUACCAGGGCACUUCUGCCAGUACCAUCAUCUGGAUCUCAGCCGGCUGGAGGAGCACGUCUAUUACAGCCUUCGUGGAAAAAGCAGUCCUAAAAAAUGACAUCUGGGAGUUGAAUAGCAGAUUAACUGUUUGACUAUAAUUUACGUUUAUUUACUACUUGGGUCUUAUUUUUGAAGUUUUGGCCAUCGUUUCCAUCAGUCAAUAUAGAUUUCUACUUGCUGAUUUAUCUUGUUGAGUAAAGUAUUAGAGUGUUAUCAAUGAUAGGAAUGGUGGCCAAAACUGCAUCAAUGAGAUCAAGGUUUCAAUAAACCAGAAUUAUACUUUACUGUGCGUGGAUGAAAGAAAAGUUGACCAAUUCAAAAGUUAACAACUCAGGAUCUUUAGCAAGUCAAGUAUUUACAAUGUACAUUUUUGCUGUGUUUUGUUAUUUCUAGAUGAAAAUGUGCCAUUUUUCAUGGCCCAAAGAAAAGGAAAAACUGAAAAGAGAGACCCCAGUCUGAGCAGGAAUCUCAACUUGUCAGCUGACAAACUCCACCCAGACGAGUAGUGUGUCAUGUAGCUUUAUGAUAAAUUUCACCAUAAAUAAACCAGGUGAUCAUAUCUGAGGGUGUUUACGUGGUACUUGUUUACUGGACUAUUACCUCUUAAACAUUCACUAUGGGUCCGGCGGGAGAUGGGAGGGAUUUUCUGAUGCUUCUAUAAUGUUCUGCGUGGGUUUGGUGAGGAGUGUAGACAGAGGAAGCUGCCUAAACAUAGGAAGUGCAAUAAUAAAGAGGAACCUAUGACAGAGACAAGAGCUGUAAUUCAUUUAGUGUUGAAAUAAUAAAAAAAACAAGGAAAGUAACAGACGUAAAAAUAGUAUGAGUAGCAUGGAGAUGACUUUCCUCAUUUUGGUCUCUCUUCUGGGAGGAUUAUGGGAGACUGGAGCUGUGUCAGUAACCGGAGAGGUGGGACAGGAGAUCCCAAUAACAUGCACUCACGCCAAUGCAUUUUCCAACGUCAAAUAUUUCUGCAAGGAAGCGUGUACAAAUGAAGACGUCCUAAUAACUUCCAGAGGAGAGAAUAAAGAUUCACAGAGGAAGUACAGUAUUGAAGAUAAAGGAAACACAUUUGUGGUGACUAUCUCUAGUCUGACAGAGGAUGACUCUGGAACUUACUGGUGUGGAAUAGAAAGGGUUGGUUUGGACACAUACAAUCAAGUAGUCCUCACAGUUAUAAAGGCAGGCGUACAGGACGCUGACGAUAACUUGCCACAUUCAAUUACAAAGAAGCUGGUAUAUAUCGGAGCAGGUCUUGGAUUGGUUUUGCUGGCUCUGGCGAUAUUACUGCUCAUAUUCUUCAGACAUCGGAACAGAGACAUUGGCGCAUCUUCUGGAAAGGACGAUAACAUAGUCUAUGCAACACCAUCCAGCCUGAAACAAGACGCACACCAUAUCACCACUGCCUCCUCAACAGCUAAUAAGCACGAAGACACGGACGGCAGGACCAUAGGCAUCUUCAGCUCGUCGGCCGGUCAGGCCCAAGAUACCAGCAGAGACUACGCCAGAGAGGCUCAGAACCAACCAGACAGCCUGUUUUACUCCACUGUCAGCUUCAACAAACACAAGGACUAUCGCAGUGUCACACCUCCCGCUGCAGCGGUCACAUACUCCACGAUUGCACAAAUAUCAGCAGACAAAUCCGAAGUCUAUUGCAAUCUCCUGCACCUGUCAAACCUGCGCCGGUCACCUCAGAUCAUCAAGGACCAGCAAGAACUACAGGUUAUUUACACUGUCUGGACUGAGACAAUGAGAAUACCACUGAAAGUCAUUAUAUACUCAAUGACAGCUACUGUUAGUUUCUUUUCUGUGACAGGAAAUAAAGGAGAACCUGUCAGAAUGAACUGUGAGAGUGCACAAGUGAGUCAGGCGGCACAUCUUGGAGGCUCUUUUACCAUCAACUGCACAUAUCCAAGAGGGGAAAAAAGCAAAGUGAAAUACUUCUGCAAAGAGGAUAAAAACUUUCACUGUAUAAAUUUGAUAUCAACAUACACUUCAAAUUACACAAAACUAGACAGGUUUUCUAUGACAGACCAUAAAGAGCAAGGAGUCUACACUGUGAUCAUUUCCACGCUGACCCAGGACGAUGCCGGAGGAUACCAGUGUGCUGUAAAAGACAUGAACAAUGACAGUUCCACUGAUUGUUUAACUAAGAUCCAGCUCCAUAUUUUGAACUGGGAUGACAUUGCACCGACAGCAAAAAUUCAUGACACUGGGGAUACUGCACAGAUAUUGUAUCGCUAUCCACACAGUCGUGUGAACAAUAUGAAAUACCUGUGCAAGGGUGAGACUCCUUUCAGCUGUUUGCAGUUAAUACAAACAACAGCAGAGGAAAGAGCUGUGGUGAAAGGCAGGUUUUAUAUAAGGGAUAACAAGAGAAAGAAGUACUUCUAUGUGUACAUCAACAAUCCGAUCACAGCCCACUCUGGGACAUACUGGUGUGGCUCUGACAGAAAAUGGCACCAUGCUGAAUCCACCAAAAUCCACCUUUUUGUAGGUGAGUACACUGAGAACAUUAGUAUCACACACUACUGCAGCUUGUUUAUUUUGUACCUAUGCACCAAGUGCAGUAAAAGGAUUUGGAGAUGGAGUGAGACAAGCUCCCUGCAUUAUAAACAUAUGUGUGUGUGUGCAUGUGUUUUCUGUGUGCAUUAUUUUCAUUUGUAUGCUAUUCUUCACAUCUCUAACCUUCUGGCUUUUUACGCAACACCCACAGCUGAAAGACAGAGCCAAACCAGAAAAUCGGGUCCUCCGACUACGCCAAUGACAGCAGCACCAUCCCAAACAACCCUCCGUGAGGACCACUCAAACUCUGGCAUGAUUGGCUAUGUGGUAACGUGCUUGGCAUUGUUAGUGACAGCUGUGACUGUACUAAUACUGUACAGACACAAACUCCCCAGGACACAAGCGUGUUGUGCUUCAGGGGGAUCAUCAGAGCAGAGCCCAAACGUUGGACAAAACACAGAGGAAAAUCGUGGAGAUCACGAUUAUGAGGACAUACAGGAGCAGAACCAGGAGGCAAGCUCAGGAGGCAUACUGUCGACAGUUUAUGCCAUUGUCAACCCUCCCACAGAGCAGAUCCACUAUGCCAGCAUCAGUUUCCAGAUGCACUCUGUCAAAGUCUAAACAGACAGAAAUGCACAUCCUGACAGAUAAAAAAUGGCACAUUGCCCUGUGACUACUCCUCUAUCAGUCUGACUCAGGGCAGUACCCAUCCUCUUAUUCCACAAGGCUGGGCAAACCAUGAUAUAGUGAGUCUUUUAAUGUAUAUUUGCCAUGUAACAUGCAGUGAAGGAUUUAAAUUUUUUUCCUAUGUAUAUAUAUACGAUCCAUACACUCAAAAUAUAUGGGGAAAUGUUCAUCAGCUUUCAAUCUAUCACUUAGUUUGGUUACAUUUUUGAGUGAUGGACCCUGUUGCGUAAUUAAGAGUUAGCUGGUUUGUAUCUAUUACGGCUGUGUAACCAAUAACAUGACAUAUAGAUGUGAAUAUUACUGUAAAUAUACUCUGAUUAUGACAAUUAGAAAUCCCGCUGUCUGUAGUUUGAGUCAGUCCUUGUCAGCAAAAACUUGAUUGCUAUAUAAAAGCUUAAUGUUCUACUUUACUUCAGGAGGCACAAAAAUGUAAUCAGGGUUAUAAGGUAAACAGAAAGUUGGGUAAUCGUACCAGUAAGAAGGCUACAUGAUGCACCACUUUUCCCCAGAGGGUCAUGAAAAUAACCCCUAUAAGGAAGUAAGUUACUGGUUAUUGGUUUCACCUCAGCAGCUGAUUCAGAGAUAACAGAAUGAUGCACUCAUUGAUUAUUAUGUAGGUUCAUAGAUCUAAUUUAUAACUUAGACCUAACUUAUCAUUAAACAUUAGCAAGAAGGCAGGCUGUUCUUAAAUAACUGAUCAUAAUCUAUAUAUAUAUAUAUAUAUACCUGAUAUAUAUUAAAUAUUCAGUUAAUGAUUUAUUUAUUAGAAAUAGUUCCGGAUUUGCCCCCUUACUUAUUUGUUGGUAACUACUCACAUAACUUGGAUAUUGUUUAUAGAGUUUGCUUUUUCAAUAUUGAGUAUACCUCCAGAGAGGUUAAAUCUCAUCAUCUGAUAAAAUAAUAAAGGAUAGUGAAGCAGACACAAAUGUGAUACUUCACAGUACCUGUAGGAUCAGUUGGUGAAGAAACCACGACAGCAAAUGUGAAUACACUGAGUCUUUCUUCAUUACAUUUCACAGGCAGUCAAACGACAUUGCUACUCUCUACUAUUUCUAUAAAACAUAUGAAUGUUGUUGUUCUCAGUGAAGAAAUAUAAUUUCACUCCUGAUGCGGUCUUAAAAUGAUGAAAGCGCAGAUUUGGUUAUGGGACUUGAGCACUGUCAGGCGACUGUGGCAUGUUCUGUUGAAGCUCACGGGGGACGAACAGCCUUCAUUUUGUAUACAGGAUAUUUAUUAUCAAAUGAUUAAAUACAGUAUAUCUAGUAAGAUGAGAGUUAUUUCUUGUUUUGCUCUGCAGUACCCUCUUGUGGCUGAUUUUGUGAUCAGUUAGUGAUUGGAUGGAUUGACUACUUUCCGCAGCUCCCACAGUCACGUCUACUGGCAUCGACUAUGCCCUCCACCAGACACUGAGAAAAACCCUGUUUGUCAUGACACGCUCACCUUUCAUACGAUUAUUAUUUUGUAACUUACAGCAUGUAUCUAUUUUUGCUUAAUAAUUCCAAAAAGUCGGGUUUAUUGCCAGAAGUACAGACACAGAGGCACAUACAAGCCUCGGGUGUAAGGCAGGGGGGAGACGAGUUGCCCGCUCGAGGUCGGGGGACCCCAGAACAACUCUCAGUCCAUAUCACAUUAAACAAUGAAAGUAAAACGUAAGCGAAGUGAAGAAUAUUAGGGGAAAGCUGUUCAUGAGGCUACAGUAAAAUUGUAAUUUAGAAAAAAAUGUCAUAAUAUUUUGUUACUAAAGUCAUAGGGUGUAGACUC